AUGGGGCAUGCCUUGCCUUUCUUUCUGUCGGGGCAAAUCCACUUUUUGGAUAGCCACUGCAAUGACACCCUGGUCGAUGCUGUGGAGACUGCCGAGGUGGCUGAGAUCAAGCGCGCCGUGUUCCGUGCUCUUACGAGGUUGCGUGCUGCCACCAUCAAGGAAUUUGACACGAUCGCGCGUUUGGAGACCCAAUCCAUUGACGCGUACAACGAUGCUCACCACUACCGCUCCGAGAAUCCUUUGGCGCACCUUCACGAGGAUGAGGCCCCGGUGCAGACGGACAAGCUGAAGUCUUUCCACUGA